AUGGCGGUGUGUGGCUCGUUCACUGCCAGCAAUGUCGAUAAUUUUGUGGAAUUUGCGCUACGAGCUACUGAUUUCGUGUACGGUGAGGUGUACCGCUAUCCUUCACCUGCAACGAGAAACCUGAGAGAUCGGUUGAACCCGUUGGAACUAUACAACGAUGAAGAAUUUCGGUCACGAUAUCGCUUCUCCAAGCAGUCUGUUGUGCUGAUACUGAACGAGCUGCGGCUCAACAAAACUGACGACAAAAGAGGAGAGCCUCUUCCGCCUGUGUUGAAUCUCCUCAUCACACUCCGAUUUUACGCAACCGGCGCGAUGCAGACUGUUGUUGGGGACCUCGUAAACGUGUCGCAGCCAUCUGUGAGCAGGAGCAUCUGGGAGGUGACGCAAGCAAUAUGCGCGAGACUGUUCCGCAAGUACGUGCGCAUGCCGACAAGUGGAGAAGUCAAGUCUGUGAAGACAAGAUUUUUUAAUAUCGCUGGCUUUCCGGGUGUAACUGGCUGCAUCGACUGCACGCACGUACAAAUUAUCAGUCCCGGAGGAGACACUGCAGAAGUGUACAGGAACCGAAAAGGCGUGUUCUCAAUAAAUGUGCAGGCUGUGACCGGACCCGAGCUCCAGUUCUUUGAUGUUGUUGCAGGUUGGCCUGGGUCUGUUCAUGACAGCCGAAUUUUUGAAAACAGUCAUGUGAUGGCAUCAUACGAGCAGAGAAGUGUGUCUGGGAUGCUUCUGGGAGACCAGGGAUACGCCUGUUCGCCGUACCUCAUGCCACCCCUGAAAAACCCCUAG